AUGCCCAAGGUCGAAGAGCCCACGUCGCCGCUCGAGCCGGUGAGCGAGAACGGCGACGUCAACGCUACUGUCGCCGUCGACGGCUCUGCCAACGGCGACGAGAACGGUCAGCAGGCUGGGGCUGGCAAUAAGCGGUUUAGGCCCGCGCCGGCCAAGACGUUCCAAUGCAGGGGCUACGGCGACUGCAGGAUGGUCUUCAGCCGUUCCGAGCACCUCGCCAGGCACAUUCGCAAACACACUGGCGAGCGGCCGUUUACCUGUCACUGCGGCAAGCAGUUCUCGCGGCUCGACAACCUGCGCCAGCACGCGCAGACGGUCCACGCGGACAAGGCCGAGCAAAACGAGCGCAUGAUGCGCGACCUGACCAGCCUGCACGCGUCGAUGGCAGCCGCCAACAAGGCGAGCCAGCAGCGCGGGAAGCGGGCCGCCGCUGCCGCUGCCGCCGCGGCUGUCAACGGCGGCAACUCGCGGGUGAAGCAAGAGGAAGAGCCGUUGCCACAACUGUACCGUCCGGGAACGGCCGCGACGGGGUACGAGAGCUUCUCGCAGUGGCAGCAGCCACCGCAGGCGGACAUGGACCGCCCGAACAGGACACAACCGAGUCCCUUCUCGCCCGUCGACUCGACCGGCAGCCCACCGGGCCGAGAGCCGUCGGUCCACGACUACCGCCCCUCGCAGCGGUCGUCUCCGCUCUCCCCCAACCCGAAUGGAUUCCCGUACAACAGCCAGCUGGACGUCCAACAACUGCCCCGGCAGCGUACUUCCCCGCCCUCCCUCCCCCUGAUCCACACAGACCACGCACAGGAUCAAUCGCUCGCCCAUUGGAAUACGGCUCCCUACUACCCUCAGUCCCACAGUUCGAUUCCCCAGCUCGAGAACCCCAGUCUCGCAGACUCUCCGUCAUGGACCUCUGCAAUACAGACGCCGACUCAGAUCCCCAUCGAGCCUUUUUAUCCUCGGCCUCAGGAUACCCGACAAGCUCAGCAUCACGCCCGGGCACAGCAGCAGUCCUCAUCCAGGGUACAACUCAGCUCGCACUCGGCGAUCCUGGCUCAUCACCAGCCUCCGCCGCCGCCUCAUCACCAUUCUUAUUCUCAGGAGAUCGCCCGCCAACAGCAGGCUCAACUUCGCCAGCUUCAGCAGGCCCAGCAGGCAGCUCACGCGCACGCCCAGGCCCAGGCCCAUCACAGGGCUCAGCAGCAGGUCCACCGCCAUCACUACGAGGACCCGGCGGCUUCGUAUCCUUUGUACACGCACCACCCCCCUCCGCCGCCCCCGGGCCACCCGGCGUUUUACGGCCUCGAGCAGGCCAUGUACGCCCAGGCGACGGACGAUCAGAGGUCUCUCCUGUCCACUCCCCCCCUAUGA